AUGGAUUCUGGUUCUUCCAUUAAUAUAUCUGCUGGUUCUUUAGUUACUGUAAAAGAUGAAUCGAUUUCAGAUAAUCGAAUCUCUCUUCCAGAACCAAAGACUCCAGCAGAGUUUGCUUUACAUAUAUUACGCAAACAAUUCUACAAGAUUGCCGAUAGGAAGUUAUCAAGUAUAAUGAACCAUAACUUGGACCAUGAACCAGAAUUUGUUCUUAAUAUAGGACCUAAUGUUGAUCAAGUAUUUGACAAAAUAUUAAAUUCUCUGGGAUACAUUGCAAGGCAUAAACCCAAACCGGUUAUCGAUUUGGUACUUAUUUGGAGAAGAGAAAGACAAGAAUUAAAACAAGAUGGACCUGAACCAUCACAUAGACGUCAUCCGAGCGAUGCGGGUCUGGCUGUCCGAGGUAGAGAAGAUGAUAUUCUUAAAGAACGGAGAAAGCAAGCGACAUUAUUUAUUGUCUGCCGUACGCUUAUCGAAGUAGUAAAACAGGUCCGACCAGAGACUUUAAGAGAUGAAGUCGGAAAGCAAAUGGAAGAUCUUGCUUUUAAACAUGUCUUAGAUUCAAGACCAGAGGAAAUGCAAAGAUCAAGACAUGCACUAGCAGUUUAUGAUUUGUUUGCAGAGCUUAUUGGUGAAUUAUCAAGAAUAAGAUUUAUGACCGUAUCCGAUCGAUUCAUUUCAGAAUUGGAAAAGGUUACACCAAAUAUGAUGAAAGAGCAAGAAGCAAGAAUUGAAUUGUUGAUUAGGGGAAUGCAUUAUUUACGUUUAAAGGAAACAGCAGACUUCUUACAAAGCUUAGCCAAUUUUUUACGACAUGCUCACGGUGUGAGAAUAAAACAUGCUUACUCACGCUUGUUUGUGCGGUUAUUUAUGCCUAUUGCAGGAGUAGCUGUUGCAGAAGUUAAUUUUCCUACUUGGGUAAAAGCAGUAGAGAUUUUAUUUCCAAAGGCUUGGCAAAUGACCUUUAAACAACGACAUUGGAGCGUUGCAUACCCUCUUGCUACAGCUUUACUAUGUGUCAGCCAAAGAGAAUAUUUUUUGAGUCAUUGGAACAGUUGCCUUUACUCUUGCAUAAAGCUCAAGGACAAAGUACAACGACAAAUGGCCAUGGGUUGCAUAGUGCGGCUUUUAUGGACAUUUUUAUAUCGAUGUUCGGAAGGAACAAACACUACAUAUAAUAAGCUUAGUGAAAUAAUUAGGCAUUUAUUUCCGGCAAAUCGCCGGUCUUGUUAUGUAAAUUUGGAUUUAUUUGUUCAAUUCAUUCAUUUUGUUGGAAUACGUCAUCAUGAUUACUGUAUGAAAAAUCUUAUAUUCAUGCUGAUGAAUUCGGAAAAUAUAUCCAAUCCUAGUGCAUAUUCAUUAGAACUAAUUGCUCCUGAAAGAAUGAGAAUUGGAAUAAGAUCAUUUAUGAUGAUAUUAUACAGUAUGCAAACCUCUGAAUUGAGGCCACCGUUUCCUAGUAAUCCGGAUCUAUUUGACCAAAGACAAGGUCUUGGCAUAAAAAUUUCUCCAGAUGUUCUUUCAGAUGAUAUUUUUAACCAAGCUGGCUUAAAAGAAAAUGUUGAUAGAUUUUGUGAAAUUAGUUAUAAAAUAGCUGUUAUUUUAGAUCAUCAUUUUGGCAAUUUAACUGUGUUAGAUGAAAAAAAUUUAUCGAAAGCUAUUAUCGAUUCUCCUAAUAUGAUCACCUACACUUAUAACUCGAUGACAAUAGCCUAUCCCAAGGAUAGACAACCUUAUUUUAAUUUGAUGAGAGAAUAUGUUGAUUCACUUCCUAGGCUACUAAACAAAAACAAUAGAUCAAAAGCUGUUGAAAUGUUGUGUAGGUAUACUGUGCACGUUGAUCCAAACCUUGCUAGGUCUGCCUCCGUUGCCUUAAUGCGCAUAGCAGAUCAAUGUGGUGCCGAAACAGUCAUUAAAAUGUUCUCCCGUUUUGUACACAAGAUUGAAGAUAAAUUUUAUGAGAUUCUCAUUGGUGUAGUUCCGAAUCCAGCAAGUGGUGCUCAGGUUGGAUUCAUCGGAAUUUUAAGACUAUACUAUGAUUUACUUAAACGCUGGUUAAAUCAAUUACAGAAUAAUAAGCCUAAUGAAAUAGUUGGGAAUUCUAAUGACAUUGAGGACCCAAGUAUAUGGACAGUUAUUGAAGAAACAGAAGCAAAUGGUUUGUUGUUUCUUUGUAGCCGAUGGUGCAUGAUCAGAAAAUAUGCAAUUAGCAUUCUUCAUCUUGCCGCUGAACUGGACCUACAAUUUCAUGAACGCAAAGAAAAAAACAACUCAAUGCGAUCGUGUGCUACUAGUGUAGAAAGCAAACGAUCUGGCUCUGUAGAUGAUAGUGCUAGUAUUAAUACAAAGCAUGAUGAAACUUUACUCAAUAAUCAUUCUGGGAUCAAAUUGUCAUAUUCUUCUAAUGGAAAUGAUAAUAAAUCAGAUUUUACAUGUAUUAUUCAUGUACUUGAACGUGGUGGUAAAGAAUUAAUUAAAUUCGACACUGAAUUACAAAAUUCACUUUCGAUUGUUGAAAGUGUAAGAUUGACAAACCUUCAAAAAUCAGGAAAAGAUAUUCUUCUGCGCCUUGUUGAAAGUGAAACUCAAACUGAUGCGGCUAUAUGGGCUAGAUGUUUCCCAAAUUUCAUUAAAACUUGCACAGAAUAUUGCCCUGUGACAGUAGCGAUAUGUAGGAACAAUAUUUGUACUCGUAUUGUACAAAUGCAAAUGGCUAUUGUUGCAGCUGGUGAAAAUCUUUCACGUACACCCACAGCAACUUUGUCAGUACCGAGAUUCCAUUACCAAAAAGUAAUUUUAUCUGCAACGGAUGGACUCAUCGAACAAUGGAGGUCUUAUUUAAUUGUCGCUUGUUCCACUAUUACUUCGACCGACGAAUUAGCGGAUCAAAAAUCAUCACCUAAUAUUCGUAAACGGACGCCACUAACUGAACGUAUUGGUUCUGCUAGAGAUUUGUUCCGUAUGAUUUUACCUCUUCUUUCAUCAGAGCAUGCCACAAUAAGAGAAUCUGUUGUAACUGCCUUGGGAAAUAUUAAUGAAAAUGUCUAUAAAGUUUUGCUUGAAGAUAUGCAGCCUUACUUCAAAUCAGUAGUCGAUGAUUAUAAAACUAAAGUUAAUAAACAGCAAUAUUCUAAUAUACAUAAACGUGCUAGAAAAUAUGAAAGAUUGCGAGUGGAACUUGCACAUGUUUAUCAAUUGACAGCACAUUUUCUUGUAAAGGAAGAAAUAAUAAAAGAUUCCAAUGUUUCAUCAUUAAUCAUGACAUUUAUCAGAGAAACCAUAGCUUUCCUUCGUGAUCCUGAAGUUACCAAUGACUGGGAUUGGCAAAAGCUUCGCCAGUACUUUUGUGGCGUUGUUGAAAAACUAUAUGAUGGAUUUUGCGUUUUAAAUUCCGAAAACAGUGAAAUGUCUCUUGAGAUGCGUACAUUAAUUUUUAAAAUGAUUGAAGAAUGGUGUGGUCAUGGUAAGAAAGCUGUUCAAUACCGAGCGAGAGAGGCGAACAUGCUGACAACGAUAAUGGAUCAAUACAGAGAUUCUGAAGAAAGAAGACCUUUAACCACACAAUUAGAAAAUGACAGAAAGGCAUUAGAAUUUGCUGCAUUAAGUGCUAUGGCUUCGUUAUGUCGUGGAAAUCUUGCUAAACAAGAGUCUGGCGUAGCAAAGAAACAGUUAAUGGAUGCUGAUUCUGUAUUUCCUUGGAUACAUUCU